CUUCUGUCGAUCUAGAGCCAUCUCUGGCCGCCCGCCAAAUCACGGCCUUUGAUUUACUGUUGUGGUCGCCACAUUGUUUACCUUGGUGGAUUCGGCGUCCAUGCUGCCCUUCGUCGAGGAGCACGUUCCGGAGCUGCUGCUGCAGCGCUCGCGCAUCGCCUUCAGCUGCAACCUGCACCUGGGGCGCGGCCGGGAGCGGCACAAGGCCACCUCCAGCCUGGUGCUCGCCCGGAACCUCAAGUUCUACGAGUUCCGGCGCAAGGAGCUGCUGCAUCACAUCGAUUUGAGGGGCACACGGCUGCAGCGGUUGGCCGGCAAGCUGGAGAGCUACGCCGGACCCGUGAGCCACUUCCUGCCCAAGGAGCCGGGGUCUGUAAAUGGCCAGGAGCUGGACUGCAGCAUGCUGUCGUCGUCAGAGGAGCUGCCCAUCAAGAUAGGCAAGUACGUGUGGCAGCAGGAUCAGAUCUAUCUGCUGCUGCACUGCUGGCAGCUGCUCCUCGUCCUGCGCCGGCCCAAGGAGCAUGGCUGCAACUUUGAGCUGGUGGCCCAGCACUUGGAUGUGGCCUCCUUCCGCAUGACUGGCGGCCCCAUUCCCUUCCAGGCCUACGUGGAGCUGCAGUUCGCCAGCAGUGGCAAGCGCCUGUGCACGGACUUUCAGGAGCCACCGCUGGACGAGGGCCCCAGUACCUCCAGCAAGGCCAGCGACCCUGCCUCCGCCACGGUUUCCGUGUCGUCGCAGAAGUUUGAGCGCCUGCUGCAGCAGGUGCACAGCGCCCGGGCGGAGCUCUCUAGCCAGCGGGCGCAGACGCAGCAGGACUUUUCCCGCAGCCAGGACCUGCAGACCUUCGGGCCGCCUGGCCAGCGUUCCCUGCUCCUGGAGGAGAAGCAGCUGUUGCGACGCUUCGGCGACGUGUGGACGCGCGUGUGCGGCGACUAUUUGGUCUGCGGCUGCCUGCUGAUUAACAUAGCCGGUGGCCAUCGGCUGAGCAUUGUCCAGGAGCUGCGUCCGCUGGUGCGUCUGGAGCCGCAGUCGCCGAGCCUUACCUUUGAGCACCGCCUCUACGAGCUGCCGCUGCAGGCAGACGGCCAGCCGCCGGAGGAUUACGAGGAGCUGGCCCAGUUCUGGGCAUGUCAGGAGCAGCACAGUCGUCGUCUCAAAUGGAGGCAGGUGGCGAAGGCGGCACAGCUGCCGCCGGAGUGCUCGGCAGUGCUGGUGGUGCGUCUAAGCCUGGCCGACCUCCUGCAGGCGGAGCGGCUUCACCUGAUGGCGGUGUACGAGGUGAGAAGCGGACAGGAGAAGCAGCUGGAGGCGGCGGCCAUUGAGAGCAGGCAGCUGCAUUUAGUUAGUUUGGAUGCGAGAAAGCUGCUUGACGGCAUGGAGGCCCUGGCACCCACAUUUGCGGCCUCCACGCUGCACCAGGACUUUCUGGCCGUGAUCGUUACCCAGAAGGCCAAGAGUUCCCUGCGCCUGGAGUUCCAGACGCCUCAGGACUGCGCGCGGUUCGAGGAGCUGCUGGUGGCCAAGCUGCAGUUCGAGCUGAUCCAGACCCAGGAUCAGGCCUCCCGUCUGCAACUCCUGGAUGCCACCUGCUCGGACAUUGCCUUCCAGUCAUCCUCGGACUCGGCCUUCCUGCAGCGCAUCUUCUACAACCGCCAGCUGCUGUCGCAAUGGUGCGGCAUCCUCUUGCUCCGCGACGAUCCCGGCCAGCAUUGGCACAUCUAUGCGCCCACAGAGCCCCGCCUGCGCCUGCUCCUCCACCGCCUGAUGCGCGACCUCCUGCAUCUGCACUGCAAUCUCACCCAGCUGGAGGUGAGCGAGUACCUUUCCUCGCCAGCGGAUGCUGCUCUCGAGCUGGAGGCGAGUCUCGACGAGGAGCUAAAGGCCUGGCGAGAGAUGCUAAAGGCGGAGAGGCGACUGGGGCCGCUACAACAUAUCCAAGGCCUGCAAAUGGCCAGCGAUGUGCUGGCGGCCACUGUGAUAAGGAGCCAGAAUGCCCGGGAAUAGGUGGCUAGCCAUAAUGUUUAUGAUAUUGCGAUCUCGUCCGACUCCUUUGUUUAAAAAAUAAAAGCUUACAACUUAAA